CGGAACCAUCGAGCAAGAGCUGCUCAGAGAGGCGGAGUGGGAAGAGUGGGACACACUUACCGAACAGAAUGAAAAGAAGGUUCGACACUGGCGUGAGGGGGUAAACCAACAUGGCCACCUGCCGUGUUCCACUAGUCUUGCUAGCCUGCGGCUCCUUUAAUCCCAUCACAAACCAGCACAUGAGGCUGUUUGAGCUGGCUAGAGACCACAUGCACAACACAGGUCAGUACCAGGUGGUGGGUGGCAUUGUGUCUCCAGUGAGUGACGGCUAUGGGAAGCAAGGCCUAGUCCUGGCAAAGCACCGAAUUGCCAUGGCAAAGUUGGCGCUCCAGAGCUCCAACUGGGUCACGGUUGAUGAAUGGGAGAGCCAGCAGCCAGACUGGACGGAGACUGUGGUCACCAUGAGGUAUCAUUCUGGGCGUAUUCUAAAGGAGUAUGAGCAGAGCACAGGAAUGAACGACGACUUCUGUGGAAACACGACUCCCCUCUCAAGCCCCUGUCCCCAGUUGAAGCUCCUAUGUGGAGCCGAUUUCCUCGACACUUUCAAGAUCCCUGGCCUGUGGCGGGACGACCACGUGGAGGAGGUGGUCGGGCGCUUCGGCCUCGUCUGCGUCAGUCGAGGGGGGCUUCAGCCCGAGCGAGCCGUGCACGAGUCGGACACGCUCUCGCGGCGGCGUCACAACAUUUUCCUUGUGAGGGAAUGGGUGAAGAAUGAAACGAGCGCAACCGAGGUCCGCCGGGCUCUGAGAAGGAACCUGAGUGUGAAAUACCUGAUCCCAGACUCUGUGAUAGAAUAUAUUCACCAGCACAACCUCUACACGGACGACAGCGAGAGGAGAAAUAAAGGCACAGUGCUGAGGCCGCUUGCUAAACAGGUACAGCCAGUGAAGAGUCUGGAUGGAGAAAGCAGCAGAGCAACAGCCAACAUGCCAGCUGAUUUGAACGGAUAUUGGAAAAUGAUUUCCAAUGAUAACUUUGAGGAGUAUCUUAAGGCUCUUGAAGUUAACAUUGCCAUCAGGAAAAUUGCCACCUUGUUGAAGCCUGACAAGGACAUUGUCCACAAUGGGGACCACAUAAUCAUCAAAACCCUCAGCACCUUCAAAAACUACAACAUGGACUUCCAUGUGGGCAAAGAGUUUGAGGAGGAUCUGUCUGGAGUGGAUGACAGGAAAUGCAAGACCACCGUCACCUGGGAGGGGGACAAGCUGGUGUGUGUGCAGAAAGGAGAGAUUGAAGGGAGAGGCUGGACCCACUGGGUGGACGGAGAUGAGCUUCAUCUGACUCACUUAUCAAUAGUUCUUUGCCCUCAUGCCCCUGGUGCCUCGCACAUAAAAGCAUUUGGACACCCUGCACCUUCCCCCUCCAUACCCUGUCUAAAGUCUACACACACAACAGCGUCACCAGCUGCCAUCAUGCCUGCAGACUUCAGUGGGACAUGGAUUCUGGAAACCAAUGACAAAUUUGAGGAGUAUUUGAAAGCGUUGAAUAUUGACUUUGCAACAAGGAAAAUUGCCAUCUCCCUGUCUCAGACCAAAGUGGUGGCCCAAGACGGAGAGAAGUUUACCUUCAAAACACUGAGCACCUUCAGGAAUUAUGAGCUCGCCUUCACCGUAGGGGUGGAGUUUGACGAGUGCACCAAGGGACUAGACAACAGAAACAUCAAGUGUCUGGUGACCUGGGAGGGGGACAAGCUGGUGUGCACUCAGAAAGGAGAGAAGGCCAACCGUGGCUGGAAACACUGGAUCGAAGGAAACAAACUCUUCCUGGAGCUGACGUGUGAAAAUGUAGUUUGUGUUCAGGUAUUCAAGAGAAAAGAAUAAAAGGCUGUUUCUGUUUUCAUGAACUCAGUUAACAAUGUCUUUAUUUGUUCCUCAAUAACAUGUGUUUCCAAAUGUAUAAACAAAACAAAUAAAGGUGCUUUUCUGAUAUACA